AACUCCAAAGAAGAGGGUGGAGGGGCCAAAGAACAGGAGUGAACAUGGCUCGGUGAGUGGAAAAGCGUCGAUGAAGAGCCCUUCACGAUGUUCAGCUACGCAAGCUACUCCAUUAGUUGAAGACACGGUGCUUCAAUCGCUAUCUCAGGAGUUAGCUUAUUUGCACAACCGUGUUUGCGUGUUGCCUAAUGACAACCCCAUCCAAAUCCAACUUCCUAAGGAAAUGUUCCACUACGAUGAUGAUGCAACGGCAUGGCUAUUCAAAGAAGAUGUGAAGGAAUUUCUAAGUGGUGCAAUGCUUAACAUUUCCCCCAUUCAAAUAUCCAUGAGAGCACUCCAGGAGCAAAUAUGGGAGCUUGAAUCUCCUUGUCAAGUUGGGUGGUUGUGCCCUGAGCAGAUGUCCACUGCUAGAAUCUUAGGCAACUCCGCUGAUGUGUUGUACUAUGCUGAACGGGGUAUCAGGCAAUCAGUGAGUGCGGGAGACAAGUUCAUAUUCGUCCCAUACUAUGAGGAGUACGUCUGAUUAUGCU